AUGUCAUUUAAUCCAUUUGACCUCCUGCAGGUGAUGCAGCAUCCCAGCGAGGGCGCUCAGGUCCUCGGGCUCCACAGCCAGCUGAAGGACGCCUCCGUCCCUGUGGCCGAGGUCCGCGUCUACUCUCUGUCCAGCCAGCCCAUCGACCACGAGGGCCCCAAGGCCAAGAUGUCAGAUCGUUCUCCAGACAUUGAUAACUACUCAGAAGAAGAGGAAGAGAGCUACUCAUCAGAGCAGGAGGGCAGCGACGACCCCAUCCAUGGACAGUAUCUCUAUGAUGAAGAGGACGAGGUGAGGAAGAAGAAACCAAGGAGGAAGCUUGCUUCUAAUGCUGCCAUCACCAGGCAACCCAACAUAAAGCAGAAGUUUGUUGCCUUGCUGAAGAGGUUUAAAGUCACUGAUGAGGUGGGGUUUGGGUUGGAGCAUGUGUCCCGGGAGCAGAUCCAGGAGGUGGAGGAGGACCUGGACGAGCUGUACGACAGUCUGGAGAUGUACAACCCCAGCGACAGUGGGCCCGAGAUGGAGGAGACAGACAGCAUCCUCAGCACGCCCAAACCCAAACUCAGGCCGUUUUUCGAGGGCAUGUCCCAGUCCAGCUCCCAGACGGAGAUCGGCAGUCUGAACAGCAAAGGCAGUUUGGGUCGCGACACCUUCAGUCCCCAGGGAGAGCAGCCGCCGUUAGAGAGGAUGAAACCCUCCCGCAGCCGCAACCUGGAGGAGGCGCUGUCCGAGACAGACACCCUGGAGUUGACCGAUCAGGAGAUGUUUGCUGAAGUGGGUCCCUGUAUCACGGUGUCGGUGGCUGAGAAACCCCGAACACCCAUGAAGAGCAUCAGGAGUGAGAUCCAGGCCAUGCCGUUACCCAGGCUGGACGGAGGACACACUCCCCGGCUGAAGCGAAGCAGCACUCCCCUGAAGGAGCGGCAGCUGUCCAAGCCUCUGAGCGAGAGAACCAAUAGCUCCGACUCGGAGAGGUCGCCCGAGCUGGGUCACAGCACGCCGGUCCUCAGGAAGGCAGUUUAUGACCAGCUGAACCAGAUCUUGCUGUCUGACUCAGCGCUACCAGAGAGCCUCAUCUUGGUCAAUUGCACUGACUGGCAGGGACAGUACGUGGCAGAGCAGCUCCAGGUGCAGAGACACCCGGUGGUGUGCACGUGUUCGGGUGCAGAGAUCCAGGCCGUGCUGUCCGCCGUGCUCACGCGCAUCCAGAAGUUCUGUAACUGUAACUCGUCCAUGCCGAGGCCGGUGAAGGUGGCGGCGGUGGGCGGUCAGAGUUAUCUGGGAGCCAUUCUGCAGUUCUUUGUCACCCAGCUGGCCAACAAGACCUCGGACUGGCUCAGCCACAUGAGGUUCCUGGUGGUGCCCCUGGGCUCUCAUCCCGUUGCCAAGCACCUGGGUGCCCUUGACAACCGCUACAGCUCCUCUUUCCUGGACGGAGCCUGGAGAGACGUGUUCAGCCGCGCAGAGCCUCCGCAGACAGACCAGUUGGACGUGGCCGGAAGAAUCAGCCAGUACAUCAGUGGGGCAACAGUCACACACCAGCUACCUAUAGCUGAAGCUAUGCUAACCUGCAAACACAGGACGCGAGACGAAGACUCUUAUCAGAAGUUCAUUCCCUUCAUCGGGGUGGUGAAGGUCGGCCUGAUCGAGUCGAGCCCCUCUUCAACCGGUGAUUCCGAGGAGGGCGUGGCCGUGAGCUUGGCCGUCCCCUCCACGUCGCCUCCCUCCCACGGCUCCCCCACGGGGAUGAUCAAAGAGGCCGCCACCCCCCCCUCCUCCCCCUCCAUGGGCAGCGUCCUCACCGUGCAGGGGAGUCCCAGUAUGUCCCACGGCGUGGACGCCAUUGGCCUGCAGGUGGACUACUGGCUGGCCUCGCUGGCCGAGAAGCGGCGGGAGGGCGAGCGGCGGGACACGGGCUGUAAGAACACGCUGAAGAGCGCCUUCCGCUCGCUGCAGGUCAGCAGGCUGCCAGGCGGGGGCAGCAGCGACCCCCAGGCCCAGGUCAGCACCAUGGCCAUGACCGUGGUGACCAAGGAGAAGAACAAGAAAGUUCCCACCAUCUUCCUGGGGAAAAAGCCGAAGGAGAAGGACGUGGAUUCGAAGAGUCAGGUCAUUGAGGGCAUCAGCCGACUCAUCUGCUCCGCCAAGCAGCAGCAGACCAUCCUGAAAGUGUCCAUCGACGGUGUGGAGUGGCACGACGUCAAGUUCUUCCAGCUGGCGGCCCAGUGGCCCACCCACGUCAAGUACCUGCCCGUCGGACUGUUCGGCUACAGCAAGCCUCCGUCCUAGGGGUCGGCGCCCUUCCACCAUCACCUCUGACCCCAACUUGACCUUCGACUCCCCUCCACCUUGACCAAUCACAAUCACACUUCCAUGCACAGACCCCGCCUCCCAGCCGCGCCUGGGAGCGGCUUUGGCCAACCAGAAAUGAGAGAAGUCCUUGAGUGUCUGGUUGUUGUCUUUUGUGGUGUUGUUGUUCUUUAUGUUCUUCUCGUCACUUUUCGGGUUCAGAUGCAACAUUUCUUUUGAGGAAGAGGGGGAGAGAGAGAAGGAGGGUAGUGUUUGGGUGUAGCACUACUAAUACUAGUCACUUUAACACCCCUUUGUGUGUGUGUGUGUGUGUGUGUGUGUGUUGUUGGUGAGCAUGCACACGAGUGGAUGUGUGUGUGUUUUCUGGGGGCUAACAGCACAAGUUAAUUAGCCGACUGCCAUUUCGAAUUUGCAUCACAUGAAAGGCAAUAGCAUGAGCGCCAGUUUUUGAAUCCUAACCCCCGACCCCUAACUUUUGACCCGUGACCUUUUGCGUACAGCCUGGCAGGUCAUACUCACUCACCUUCCACCUUCCCACAACCACAAGUCCUGAUCCACACUUGCAUGAGCUGUACGAAGUGCUUCAGAUCACCAUUCACGUGCCGGUCGGUCACCACGGAGAAGACACAGCUCGCCGUCUGCAUGAACCGGUGAGAGUACACACAAGUCUCUGGCUUCCCUCGCCAAAACUACUGAGAGUACACACAAGACUCUGGCUUCCCCCUCCAAAAAUACUGAGAGUACACACAAGACUCGGGCUUCCCCCUCCAAAAAUACUGAGAGUACACACAAGACUCGGGCUUCCCCCUCCAAAAAUACUGAGAGUACACACAAGACUCUGGCUUCCCCCUCCAAAAAUACUGAGAGUACACACAAGACUCUGGCUUCCCCCUCCAAAAAUACUGAGAGUACACACAAGACUCUGGCUUCCCUCUCCAAAAAUACUGAGAGUACACACAAGUCUCUGGCUUCCCCCUCCAAAAAUACUGAGAGUACACACAAGACUCUGGCUUCCCACUCCAAAAAUACUGAGAGUACUCACAAGACUCUGGCUUCCCCCUCCAAAAAUACUGAGAGUACACACAAGUCUCUGGCUUCCCCCUCCAAAAAUACUGAGAGUACUCACAAGACUCUGGCUUCCCUCACUAAAGAUACUGAAGAUACAGCAAAAUACUG